AUGUCUUCCAAAAUACCUUGAGUUUAACGGAGAAAGGAAGAGAAAAAGGUCGUUACAAAGAAAAACGUGCUGUAUUUUUUUAAUCCUAUCAGUGAAUAUUCUGAUGCAAAUGUCACGAGCGACACUAGUACCGAUUUAAUGUGAGAACGAACACUUGAAACUCAACAAGAAAUCGCAGAAUCGGUGAUGAAGAAACAUUGAAGACGAUCGAUUUGCGAAGAAAAAUAAAAUGGGCUCGAAGAUAGAAUAUGUAGAAUCGUCACAUAUGUAUGCAACGAAUUACAUUCGUAAUUCGAAGGCAAUUGGUGUUCUCUGGGGUAUUUUCACCAUAUGCUACGCCAUAAUCGGAGUCGUAGCUUUUAUCACUCCAGAAUGGCUGGGUGACUUAGAACACGAGAAUCCAGGAAGAUUCGGUCUUUGGACUAGAUGCAACUAUGGUGGUAAUGGUGAAUUAGGUGAGGAAUGUAUAGGCAGAUUGGAUGAUUUAUCGACAAUCGCGAAUGUUCCUUUCAGAAUAAGUACUAUUCUAGUCGGCAUCGCGGUCAUAAUCGCUUUAUUGACUAUUUGUGCGAUGCUCCUGUUUUUUUUUUGUCAGAGUACAACAGUUUUCUAUAUUUGCGCCUGGAUGCAAGUAGUUUCAGCAAUAUCUAUGGCCAUCGGUGUCUGCAUUUAUCCAUUAGGCUGGGAUUCAGCAUUAAUUCGAGCUGUUUGUGGUGCAACUGCAUCCAGAUACAAUCCAGGAGCUUGUGCAGUUAGAUGGGCAAUACCGUUAGCAGCGAUUGCUGCUUUAGACGCUGCUACCUUGGCUGCACUCGCUUUUAUCCUUGCAUCUAGACAUGUCAGACUUCAACCAGAACCAUUCAACAAUGGUUCCUUAUACAAAGGUGAAGUAAAUCCAGGAUAUGUAAACGAAGCACAGAGUGUUGCUGGUUCCCGGAAAUCUCUCUCCUUACGACCAGUCCUCUUGGUCGCUCCGCCAGAACAGGAUCGCUAUAGUGAACUCUCCAGAGCAAAAUCUCACUCACAUCACAGCCUUUAUACGCCAGCGCCAUCGCAUCCAGCCCAUACGAUCUCAACGAAUACUUUGAAUCAUUCUCAACAUAACUUCCAAUUGUAAAUCUUUGAAGAUAAUAUUGUUGUACAUAAUUUAUUAUAUUAUGCUACA